AAACUCCAGCUAAUGUCAAAUGCAUAAUAAACAAAUAACAUUGAAUGUGGCAAUUGCAAUAAAUUGUUUAUAAUAAUUGUUCGCUGCUAAGUAUUGUUGGACUCAAUAGUAAAUAUGGGAGACGAAGGGGGACUGGAGAUUUUGAACAAACUGGAAAAAGAGCAAACCAAUUUAUCCCUAUUGCAAGAACGGUUAGCCAAAAGUGCUCAGAUCACGAAAGGUAUAGGCAACAUACUAAAUACCUUCGAGCAAAGAUUGUCCCGCUUGGAAGAGACGAUUUUGCCAGUGUAUAAUGAAACUGAAAGUCUCCAGAAGGCUCAGUAUAAUAUUGAGUGCACUAUGCAACUGCUUGAUAACGUUAUUGGAUAUUACGAAGUAUCUGGCAAUGUGGAGCAUAUCAUAGAAAAGGGGCCGGGUGAAGGCGGGAUUGAGCUGGAUAGAUACAUAGAUGCCUUAAAUCGGCUUUAUAAUGCUCAGAAAUAUUUUGAAAAAAACAUACCCCAGAGCGUUGAGCUAAUAAAUGUGUCAUCGUUUUUCCACAAAGGCAGCGAUAAGUUAAACGCAGAAUUUAAGACAAUUUUGGACAAAUACAACACGCCGAUUUUGCCGAUUGUUUUGCUAGAUUUCAUUCAUUUUGAAGAAUCCCGGGAUAUGAAAGCUCUUCCCAAACAGAUACCCCCAGAAGCAAAAGAACAACUGAUUAAAAUAUCAUCCUGGCUGCUCAGUCAUAAUCGAGACGAAUUCUUGACGGUUUAUGGAAAAACUAGAGGCAGCGUAUUGCAACGUUCCCUAACUAUGCUGCGGAAUCAUCAAAAAUCAGUCAGCGGCGGCAGCGUUCAUACGUCUGCCAACUCUCCAAUGUUGAAAUCGAAGUUCCCCAGCAGACAUGAAGCUAAAAGGCAGCAUUCAACUAGACGAUUGCAAGCAUUUGAGCGAAAAGCUAACAGAAUGUUCCUCCGUGCAUCACAGACUUUAGAACACUCCACUGGGUUCACAUUGGGGUCAAAAAGAUCAUCUCAUCUAGAUACAUCCUACAGCGGAGAAGAAGUGGAUAAUGAGCAGGAAAUGUACAACUACCUCAUAUGCAUCAUAGCCUUGCACAAGCUGAUGCAAAUAGAGCAAUACUUAAUGAAGGAGAUAAUCACGCCCAAUCACAGGCCGCAGGUUUUUGAGCUUAUUGUAAGAGAAGCCAUGGACACCUUGGUUCAGGAUGGAGAGAAUAUUGCCACCAGAGCGAAAAAGUGCAUCCAAAGACACGACUUUGGAACAGUAUUGGUGAUCUUUCCGAUUUUCAAGCAACUAAGAGCGCUGAAGCCUGAUUUUGAACGGACUAUCGAACAGUGGGACUUGAAUGUUAAGCAAAAGUUUGAAUCCAUUUUGCAAAUGCUCCAGACAACUGGAGCUAAAGCUUUGGACGAUUUUAUAGAAAGUCUCCGAUCAGACUCAGUAACUCAGCUUCCACCGGAUGGCACUGUUCAUGAGCUGACUAGUAACGUUAUCAUGUUUCUAGAGCAAUUGCUGGAUUACAGUGAUACAAUUGGCAUAGUAUUAGGUCAAGAUCCUAUUUAUGCCAAGCAACUGGAGAAACUUAAAUUCGCUGAUCAAAACAAAGCGUUCAUUGGCUUAUAUAUAGGUAAAGUCCUGGCGCAACUCAACCACACUCUGAUCAGCAAAAGUGAACAGUAUAGUGACGUCGCCCUAAAAGCCCUUUUCCGGCUUAAUAACAACAACUAUGUGUUGAAAUCAUUGCAAAGAACUAAUCUUUUGGAAUUGUAUCUGAUAUCGGAACCCAAGUGCGAAGAGUAUUAUCACACCUCGAUUCAAGACCACAAAAAAGCUUAUUCCCAGUGCUGGAACAAGCUUUUGAACUACAUAGAGUCUGAUGACCCGUUCGUACAUGGGGAAAAACUGAAAGACAAGGAAAGGGCGGCAGUGAAAGAGAAAUUUGCCGGUUUUAACAAGGAAAUUGAGGAUAUUUCGAAAGUGCAAAGAGGAUAUUCCAUUCCGGAUAUAGAGUUAAGGGAGAGCAUCAAACGGGAUAAUAAGGAGCUGGUGAUUCCCAAGUAUAACGCUUUUUUCAACAGAUACGGCGUCCUGAAUUUUACGAAAAACCCCGAGAAAUAUAUCAAACAUAAACCAGAUGAAGUUUCAGCAAUCAUUGAUAGAUUUUUUGAUGUAGCCGCUUAAGUAUGAUUGGUGCAUGUAGGUUUUUAUUAUUGAUUUUAUAUUGUUUAUUGGGAUUAAUUUACUUAUUGUUAUGUAAGAAGGUAAGGAGAAAUAAUCACUAAAACACACUAUAGAAGAUUUCAGAUUAAAAUUUAUGGAUUUAAUUUGAUCAAUAAAACUGAAUAUUUAUUUUCAUAAAGCAGCAAACAUAGGCGUUCAAAAAACGUAUACCUAUAGUCACUUUUUCCUAGAUUUAUUUUAACUUUACAAAAUAUUUCCAAAAAGUAAUAGAGGCGAUAGUAACUGUAAACAUUCUACACAUUUGGAGUUGCGACAAUUUACGCAAUGAAGGUACGUUUUUUUCUGAACAAUAAACUUUUCAUACAUAACAUAA